UCAGGAAGCGUCUCCUGGAGACGCCGGGUCUGCUUCCAGUUAGAAACAGGCGGUGGUUGCCGUUGGUGGUUCCGGGUGGCUGCUGGACUGGUUUGGGCGUGGCGGCAUCAUGGAGCACAUCCGCACCACGAAGGUUGAACAGGUAAAAUUACUAGACCGAUUCAGCACAAACAUCAAGUCACAAACAGGAACUCUUUAUCUUACAGCAACUCACUUGUUAUUUAUAGAUUCCAGCCAGAAAGAGACAUGGAUAUUACACCAUCAUAUUGCUGCAGUGGAGAAACUUGCUUUGACUACUUCUGGCUGCCCCUUAGUGAUUCAGUGUAAGAACUUCAGAACAGUCCACUUCAUUGUUCCUAGAGAAAGAGACUGCCAUGAUAUUUAUAACUCUUUGCUUCAGCUGUCAAAACCAGCAAGAUACGAUGAAUUGUAUGCCUUUUCAUAUAAUCCAAAGCAAAACGAGGAAGAGAGAGUGCAAGGCUGGCAAAUCAUUGACCUCACAGAAGAAUACGAACGGAUGGGUGUGCCUAACUCUGAAUGGCAGUUAUCAGAUGCUAACCACAAUUAUAAGAUUUGUGAGACAUAUCCUAGAGACCUUUACGUUCCCAGGAGUGCAAGCAAGCCCAUAAUUGUUGGCAGUUCUAAAUUCCGAAGCAAAGGAAGGUUCCCUGUGCUCUCAUAUUAUCAUAAAGAUAAUGAGGCUACCAUUUGCAGAUGUAGUCAACCACUCUCAGGAUUCAGUGCCAGAUGUCUGGAGGAUGAACACAUGUUGCAAGCAAUAAGUAAAGCUAAUCCCAAUAACCACUAUAUGUAUGUCAUGGAUACCCGACCAAAACUGAAUGCAAUGGCCAAUAGAGCAGCAGGUAAAGGCUAUGAAAAUGAAGAUAAUUAUUCCAACAUUAGAUUCCAAUUUGUUGGUAUUGAAAAUAUCCAUGUAAUGAGAUCAAGCCUGCAAAAGCUUCUGGAAGUUUGUGGAACAAGAGGCCUCUCAGUUAAUGAUUUUCUGUCUGGCUUGGAGAGCUCUGGAUGGCUGCGACACAUCAAGGCAGUGUUGGAUGCUGCUAUCUUCUUAGCUAAAGCCAUAGCUUUUGAGAGUGCAAGUGUAUUAGUACAUUGUUCUGAUGGUUGGGACCGGACAUCUCAGGUCUGUUCCUUGGGUUCUCUAUUACUGGAUCCCUUUUAUAGAACAAUUAAAGGAUUCAUGGUUUUGGUGGAAAAAGACUGGAUUGCUUUUGGACACAAAUUUUCAGAUAGAUGUGGACAACUGGAUGGUGACCCAAAGGAAAUAUCCCCAGUGUUUGCCCAAUUUUUAGAAUGCGUCUGGCACCUGACAGAGCAGUUUCCACAGGCCUUUGAGUACAAUGAAGCUUUUCUCCUUCAGAUCCAUGAGCACAUCCAUUCCUGCCAGUUUGGAAACUUCAUUGGAAACUGCCAAAAAGAACGAGAGGAGCUCAAAUUGAAAGAGAAGACUUUUUCCUUGUGGCCUUUUCUUUUGGAUGACCGCAGGAAAUACCUAAAUCCAAUCUACAAUGAACAUUUUUCACGGUCACUUUCAAUUCUGGAGCCGGAUACAGCUGCUUUUAAUUUUAAGUUUUGGAGAAACAUGUAUCAUCAGUUUGAUCACACAAUGCAUCCCCGGCAAUCUGUAUUCAGCCAUGUGAUGAGCCUGAGUGAGCAAAAUAAACAACUGGAAAAAGAUAUUAAAGAAUUGGAAAAUAAAUUGGGCCACAAUUUACACAAGGAUUUGGAUGCUGUCUUUGCCAAGGAAUCUGUCUGUCCCGUGUCACCAGGAGUUAAAACCUCACUCUGCUUUAAGAAGGAGCAGCCUCUCUUUGACGAGAAUGACUGUGUUCGGACAAUAGAGGGCUCCAACACAGCAGACAACCGAUACAGCGAGUACAUGGAAGAGUUCUCCAAAACAGAGCCUACUGUUGUCAGCCUGGAAUACGGAGUGGCAAAAAUGACCUGUUAAAUGUCACACAAAGCAGUUCUGCUUUUCUGAAAAGAUUGAAGUUCAGGACAGGGCAUUGUGAGUCUGAUCUCUUGGAAUGUAACCAAAAACUGAUGUGUGCAAUGGAGUGCUUCAUUAACGUAGACUAGAGUGCACAUUAGUUUUGAAAAUGUCAUUCUUAUAAGAGGUAAUUGAAUUUAAUGAUGUUGAAAAGGAUAUGAAGAACUUAGAAAACCUAUUAUGGGAAAUUGGGGAAUGAAAGUCAAACAUCACAAUAAAUUAUAGCUACACUAGCUUAUUCCAAAUGGUCAUUGGUUUUGAUUCUGAUGGAGUCAUAGUAAACCCAUUGAAAUUAGUGAGAUUUAAACAAGCCAAGAUUUCAGUGAAUCGACUAACAUAUGAUUACUACUAAUUCACCCAGUCUGAUUAUUGCCAAAUAGUAAAUGAUAUUUGAAUGUUUGCUUUUAGGAUGAAGACAAUUUACUGGGAUCAGUGAACAUCUGUAUAUAAAUGUAAAGUGGGUGUAUGUUCCUGUUUAUUGCCUGUUACAGUAUUUACAGUGAUAUUUACAUCAUUAAUUAGUAUCAAGGUAGUAAGAAUGAUAUUCAAAUAUAUUUGUUCUGCUCAUGUUUUGAGAGCAGUUCAUUUAGAAUAUCUAAAAUAUGCUUAGUGACUUCUUUAAAUUAUUCUCUUUCAAAACAGUACCAUGAGAUUCACAUCAGUAAUUAUGGAAUAUCAAUUUCAUGUAUUCAGUUUUAACCAAUUAUAGAAGUAAGAAACC